AUUCGUCAGCUUCUUUCUCUUCUGUGUCGUCGGUUCAUUGAAAAGCCCGCGCGCCGCAAAGUUCUUACCUGCUUUGCAAUGCAAAACACCUGACGUUUUCAUGACGUCACAAAUACAAGAUGGCGUUCUUCUGUCCGGCGAGAAUUCUUGGCCGGAAGCGAAAGAAAGCGAGAGAACGGCACCAACCAGUGAAGCCCGUCCCCGGCCGUAUUACGGGUAGCGACAGCGUGGACACACUGGUACGGGUCGGGCUGGAAAAAGAACAAGGACUGAAGACCAGCUCUCGCAUGGUCGUCGUUCGCAACUUCUCCCCCUGCGUAGAAGACGAACUGGACGUCAAACGCGGCGACACCGUGUACGUUUUAUACACCGAGAACGAUUGGAUCUACGUCAUAUCACCCAAUGGGAGGGAAGGUUUCAUUCCAUCCGGGUACUGCGCACCCGAAGGCACGAACAUUGACGACUUCGCCGACGACGGGUACUCGGCUUCCGACGGGGAUUCGUUAUCGUCCGGAAUUCAUCCGCCAUCUUCUAUCGCUUCACAGACUUCUGAAACAAGCAUGUUUAAGAAAGAACACAUGGGGAAAUACUUGGUGUUGUUUGACUUCACGGCCAGGGAUGAGAACGAUUUGAACGUGGAGAGGGGAGAGUGGGUGACAGUUUUAAACAAGGAGGACCCGUUGUGGUUUUGGGUUCUAAGGGGGAACAAUCAAGAAGGCUUCGUUCCUAGCAACUUCUUAAGUCCGGACCUAUCCUCACAGGAGGCAUAUGCACCUUUCUCAGAAUCCGAUGACCGGUUGUUAGACCACCCGACCAUGCGGGCGCGCCUGCCCAUCACCCGGCCCAGGGGCACGGAGCUCAUCGCUCUGUACGACUACGACGCCAAGGCACCGGACGAUCUCACUGUGACGCAGGGGGACUACCUGUACGCAGACCUGGAGAACCAGGACCAGGAGGAGUGGCUAUGGGCGUACUCUGCCGCGCAGAAGAAACACGGUUACGUACCGAGGGCGUACGCCAAGCCUCCUGCAAUGACCGCUUUGUAGACUCAUCCUCUACCAGUCUCCGUGGAUCGGUGGUCUAAUUGUAGAAAUUGGACAAAUAGAGUCAAUAGUACGCUAGGGGAGUCAGCCGGCCAGAACAAUCUGUAUCCUCCCCCAAUGGCCGUGCUAUUGACUCUAUUUGUCCCAUUUCUACAAUUAGACUACCGAUCCACUGAGACUGGUGGAGGCUUGACUCAUCCAUUAACUAGAAACUGAUCUUGCUCGGAUUUCAAAAUUUUUGGUAACGCCUCAGAGACGGAGCUUUCUUUAUGGCAUCAUUUAGAACAUGUUGACUCAUACCUUCUAGGAGAUACAACCAACCAACCAACCAAAUUCAGUAUUUUGAAAGAAGCACACGUGUCCAUAUUUUCCAAAGCCUUUGCUGACAAAUUUAUCUUUUGUAUGUCUGAAUUAAGUCGCAAUGUCUGGAAAGUUGACCGUCAUAAUUGUGCAAGAAUUAGCCUUACACUCAAAUAAUGUUUGCAGAACUUUCUGAUAAAUGCUUUGUACCACUGUUGCUCUGAAGCAAUAAAUUGUAUGUUAGAAGAAGUAGAAUAUCAAUUGCGUGAACACAACUCACAACAAUCAGCAUAAAAACGCUUGAUUUAAUUUUCCACUGUUCAUAUGAUGUCUGUUUUGAAACUGUAUACAACUGUUAUGUCAUUUUUAACGGCCUAUGAUGUUAUGGAAAGAGGUGAUAACGAUAAAUGGUAUACCCCAUUUGAAACGUAGGGGCUGAAAGGUUUAUCGAUAUCGGUAGGGGUGUAGAAAAACCCAGGUGCUCAUGCAAUACUUACCUCAUAUGUAGUGAACUAACUAUUGAAACACCUUAUUGUAACGUUUUUGUUCUAUUUAAAAUGAAUUUAGAGGGUAUUUCUGUGUUAACGAAAAUGUUUUCUUUAUUUUUUAUAUGUUGCACCAUAUGUAGCAUAGUACGUUGUCAUUAUUUUCCCAGAGUUUUCACUUUUGUAUACCUCAGUAUUAAAGAAGUAUGUUUAACAA